UAUAAAUAUCCUAUACUAAUAGGUGAGUAUAAGGUGUGAUUUAAAGUAAUGAAAAUAAAGAAUUAAUAUUCAGUUUUCAUAUAACUCUAUAAAUAUCUAAAUUUAGAUCAAUCAAUGCUUAUAGAAAUAUAGAGUAUAUAAUGACUUUUAGUAUAUAAUGGAUCAAAGAUUACUUAUGAUGUUUAUUUAUUGGAUGUUGGGAUUCUUUAACAAAGUAAGAGUGGAGGAUAUAGAAGUCGAUUCACCAAAAUUGCAAACGAUUUUAUUUUCAGAUGAUUAGGAAUUUAUUUAUAUUAUAAGGAAUGGGCAAAUAAUGGAUAUGAAUUAAUGUAUAAUAUAUUGA